AGCCCAGGUGGACAAAAUCACCCCUAAGCUUCCUCCCAGCAGCGCAGAGCAGUGGGCAAGGCCCUGUGAGUCCACACCAGGGAGCCGGCCUGGCAAGGGGCCCGGGUGUGUGAGCUGCUGGUGGGUGGGCAGGCGCGUUCCCUCUCGCUCAGCUUUUCAGGCACUGAGUUUUCCAGGUCUGAGGCACCUUGGCUGAAUCACCCCUGAAUAAUGAUUAGAAGAGGGAGAGGCCCCCCGACCUGUGAGUUGAUUGGGGUUUGGGAAAUAGAGGACUGUAUGUGGUGACCUUGCCCAGAGGAUCUCUGCACUACACUGGGCACAGUCAGCUGCCCAGUGUGACUGCUGUGGUCAGCACCCUUAGGGCCUUCUAACACUUCUGAUCUUACCCAUAGGGGAGUUGCUGGGAACCUUGGAACACUUCCUCCUCCUAUGUGGGGCGCGGGCUGGGGGAGCAGUAGUAAGAGUAGUAGUGUGAUAUUGGAGGCCCAGGAGAAUGAAUGGACUUUUGUUGGUCAGGCUCUAACUUAAAAACAAACAAACAGGAUAUUUUAUAUCCCCCCUGAGAAUAGCUCUCUGGCUCACCCCUGUCCUGGCUGCCUGGCAGGGAGGUGGAUGCGACGGGAAGGAGAUAUUGUUUUCCUAAACUCCUGGAGAUAUAAGAGAGAAUGGUUAUUUGUUUGUUUGUUUGUUUGUUUUUCUUGGGAGUUACCUACUUAGGUCUUAAUGACCCUGCCUACUGUUCCCUUAGCAUCGACACUAGAAAUUGUACCAUGGUCAGAUCACAGAAGAUGGACUGCAAGGAGGAGAGGUGUGGCUCAGCCUCUCUGAUGUGGCCUAUCAUUCUUGUCAAACACUUAGCUUUAGUCAACAGUGGAACUAAAGAGUAAGGCUGGGGCAGCCCUUGGUUAUCUUCCAUGACCCUUCUGUAGCAGGAAAGAAGGAAAAGUUGUCACCUAUAUAUAUUUAGCCCUUGAGGACUAACAGAUGGCAGAGUUAGCGUCAGUGGGAGAUGAGGACAUGAGAGUUGGCACAAAUUUGUUGCCCCUGGAGACUGGUAUAGAUAAGAAGCCCGGGACGAAUUUCAGGGGACUGAUAGGAUUUCUGUGGGCUGGGAAGGCGGCACAGCCACACUGUUAGUCCUUUCAUGCUGUUCCCCACAUUCUUAUAUGUAGGGAAAGGACUUGGCCGCCUGGACCCUCGUGAGAGUAAGGCAGUUAUGAGAAGUCAGGGUGGCUGGAGUACAUGCAGGACCGUUGUGGCACAGAGACAAGCGAGGAAUGGCCGAGGAAUGAGGCGAGGGCAGGGAGAGCAGUGGGGGCAGGAGAGCCCUGGGGCUGACCCCAGAGUGGGGAUUGUCCCCUGUUGUUGGGCCUGGGUGGUAGUAGUACAAGGUGAGCAUGCGAACGGACACUUUGGGAGUGACCAGCAGGGACCAAAAGGCCGCCCAGUGCUCCUGCAGCAUAGGCCCAGGCUGCCCGCCCACCUGAGGCCGGGGCUCCAGGGCUGGACCCAGCAGUGCUGCUUGACCGGUGUCCAGGUGGGCACAGGCUGUCCCUGGGGUCUGAGUGAUUGUUCAAACCCCUCCCCCCCCCAUCCUCGCCCUGCCUGGGUGCAUGCGGGGUGCUUCAAGCCGCACAGACCAUGAGAAGAAAAUGAAACACACGCAGGGCUUCAUUCUCUUCCUUGCACAUGGCUGUGUCCUCUCAGGGAGUGACUCACUCGGCCCGUCAUGCUUGGGGAAGUGCCAGGCUCCAAAGCGCCAUCUCUUCACCGGGUGCCUGCCUUGCACGCGGGGCCGGGUCCGGGCUGGGACGACCAAACCAGUCUGGUUGUCUUACAUUUCCCUCUCAGCUCCUCCCACGUUGCCCCCGACUACCGUGGGUGCGACGGGCGCUGUGAGCGGUACCGAUGCUACUGCCACUGUUGCCACCACCGAAGCCACAACAGUCCCCAUCAUCCCAACUGUCGCACCUACCAUCGUCGCCACCACCGUCGCCACAACUACUACAACCACUGCUGCCACCACCACCACCACGGAGAGUCCUCCCACCACCACCACCGGGACUAAGAUACACGAAUCCGCCCCCGACGAGCAGUCCAUAUGGAACGUCACGGUGCUCCCCAACAGUAAAUGGGCCAACAUCACCUGGAAGCACAAUUUCGGGCCCGGAACUGACUUUGUGGUUGAGUACAUCGACAGCAACCAUACGAAAAAAACUGUCCCUGUUAAGGCUCAGGCCCAGUCUGUACAGCUAACAGACCUCUAUCCCGGGAUGACGUACACGUUGCGAGUUUAUUCCCGGGACAACGAGGGCAUCAGCAGUACCGUCAUCACCUUUAUGACCAGUACAGCUUACACCAACAACCAGGCGGACAUUGCCACCCAGGGCUGGUUCAUCGGGCUCAUGUGUGCCAUCGCACUCCUGGUGCUCAUCCUGCUGAUCGUCUGCUUCAUCAAGCGGAGUCGAGGAGGCAAGUACCCAGUGCGAGAAAAGAAGGAUGUCCCUCUCGGCCCUGAGGAUCCCAAAGAGGAGGACGGCUCGUUUGACUACAGUGACGAGGACAACAAGCCCCUGCAGGGCAGCCAGACGUCCCUGGAUGGCACCAUCAAGCAGCAAGAAAGCGACGACAGCCUGGUGGACUAUGGCGAGGGUGGUGAGGGGCAGUUCAACGAGGAUGGCUCCUUCAUCGGCCAGUACACAGUCAAGAAGGACAAGGAGGAAACAGAGGGCAACGAGAGCUCAGAGGCCACGUCGCCCGUCAACGCCAUCUACUCUCUGGCCUAACGGAGCCCACCAGGCACAGCCACCACUUUGCAAGCAGGAGCAGGGGAGAGGGGGAGACGAAGCCACUGCAACUACCACAAAGCCACCGCCACCUCCAGGACGAGGGUCCAGCAUGGGGGUCUGCCAAGCUGUGAGGACCACCGAUCACCCAGCCAACUACAAACCCCUCCUCGUGACCCCGCACCCCUCCGGGGUCCCACCCGCGCCGGAGAGCUCCAGCCCAGCUGAGCUCAGCUAGCAGGAGCCCAGGUCCUUGUUCAGCCUCACAGCCACCCCGAGCCUGCCACCACACUGCCUGACCUUGACCUUGACCUCACCGCCACACACUCCCAGUUUUGUUGGUUUCACUCCUUUUCCUUGUCUUUAUUUUUGCUUCGUGCGUCUUCCCUCCAGGCUCAUCGUCUCCGUUUUCUUUUCAUUUUGAAGAAGUGUCCCUGGGAAAAGAAGGAAUAGGUGGAUUCUCCCCCACGAAAUUGCAAAGACAGGCAAAAAGGAUUGAUCCGUGAAAGAACACACAGAAAAGCUGUAGUAUUCAAACCGCCGCUGGGCCAACGUACUUCCGAAGGAUGCCUUUCUCGCCAUAUGCCUCCCCGGCCCCACCCCCUCUGCCUCGGCCUUUUCAGUUGCUGAGCUGGGCUUGGCUCCUUUCUGGAAAAUGACAGUAUUCUUGGCAGGGAGAGGGUGGGCAGGCCUCAUGCCUCCCUCUGGUUCAGUUGGGGGGUGGGCUUACCUCUCGUCCCUCGCUCCUCCCCUGCCACCUCCUCCGGAGUGUCCAGGACUGGCUGCUCCGACUCUGAAGAAGGAACCUGAGGAAGAGGAGUGGGCACUGGUGGAAAGGAUUUCAACUCCAGUGACCAUGUACCUCAAGCAGAAGGAAAUCAGGCGUCUGGUCCCUAGGGAGCUGAGCUCACCUCUGGAGAGAAAAAAAAAGUCUGGGUUGGAUCUGCUCCCUCCCCAACAUGAAACAGUGCAGGGUGCUUCCAGAAUGGAGGGGACCCCACCUGGGCAGGGGUCGACGCUGCUACCCUCAAGGAGACUGUUACCCUGUGAUGCAAAAGCCUGGCUGGUAUGUUUGGGGGAGCACGGUACUGCUCCUCCUUUCAUCUCCAGCAGAUAUCAUCUCCUCAGUCAAUCUUGGAUGAUAUUGAACUGGUGUUAUACGUGGCAUGUGGACGGGGCCUUGCUGCCCCCCGACUGAGCCGCUGUGUCCCUCCCAGGGUAUUUACAUAUCAGGAGGCCGGUGAGCACCGUGAGGCCAUGCCGGAGCCUGGCCUAGGAGGACGCGGCGUUCUUCGUAUGCCUUAUGCAGCUCCAACCUGUCUCUGCGUUCCCAGGUUCCCAGCUCCCCCCUGCAAGCCUUGAAGCCUCCAGUGGCGCUGUCUCUAGAGCAGGGCAGGCGCCUCUGCCCACAUCCAGCAGAGCUGAGGCCGCCGCCCCACGGCGCCCGGCAGCCUGUGGCCCCGGUGGAGACGUUCGCAGCCCCGCAGUUCUCAGAGAUGAAGGCGCUGCCUUCAGCCUCCCACCUAAUUCAUUUUUGAAACCAAAGGUACCUAGCCUCAGAGAGAGAGACGUUGUGAGCCUAAAGCAACCCUUUAGCUGUGGCUGCCGCUGGAGUCGGUUUCAGGAGAGCGAAGCUGACCCGGAGGCCGGGCCACCUCCACAGCACAGGCGCUGAUUUGUGCCUCCAGCUGCUUGCCAGGGGCCUGGGCAGGCACAGGGCUGCGUCCUUCAGAGACCACUACAGCAUCAUUUGCCACAUGUUUAAGCCGCAAAGGUAUUAGCAAUGCUUGCAUCACCUAAUAAGUCAGCUGAAGGUCGAGCCUGCAGACGCACGUGCCCUGUCUGCAGGUGGAAACCCCAGCCCCGAGCUGAUCCAGGAAGUCUGAGCCUGAGCCAAGUAGCUGUCCUUUGCCCCAAGUCAUGGUCAGGUUUGCUGCCUGUAAGCUGGAAGGGCCACUCUCGCAUGUGCAGGGGCACAGGUAAAUAGCACGGCUAGGGUGAGCGCAGCACGUCCCCCGCACCUGCUGGGAGCUGGCUGGGCCUUCCUGCAGCCUGGGCCCAGCGUCCAUGAAGGGAAUGUUGGGGCAGGUGCCCGCAAGCUGAAUUAAAGGGCUGGCCUUUCCAGAAAGCUCUCUGGAUCUGAGCAGAGUAUCCGUUUCUCAGGCCCUCAUCCCAUUCUGCACCAAGCGCUCGUGAUCUCAUCCCACCCAAACAGGCCCUCGGGGCAAGAAGGACCAUGGGAUGUCAUCCUCUCCCUCCCCCUGUUUCUAGAAGGUCUGCCACACAGACGAUUACUGGGGAAGGGCUUCUGCUGUUGUCAGGUUCUUAAGGAGACCCUGGGGAGAGGAGAGUCCUCGUUGUCUUUGUCCUCGCCCCAGUUCUGCCAGCUUCUGUUCCAGCUCCCUGUGUGAAGAAUGUCGUCAGCCCCCUCUGGAGGCCUCCCCUUGUGAGGUGCUGACAGCAGCCUGAGUUCCUGGUCCCCUGGCAGGCCGGAGCAAAGCCAGACCUGCAGGCUGGCAGGUGCUUAGAGAGGGGUGAGAGGGGUGGGGACGCGGCCCUACCAGGAGGAGCCCAGCCCGGUUUCCGUGGAAACCUGGCCAGGCUGCUGCCCAGUCCACCAGGAGAGCAGUAUUGCACGGCACCUCCUGCCAGCUGGACUCCAGCAACCACCCCAGACAGUGACAGCAAUGCCAGGAGAGGGCGAUCCCUUUGGUGCUUCUAGCUGCCUGGCUGGGGGAGGAAGUGCAGGUCAUUCCCGGUGACUCUGAAAGUUCCAUUGUGCCGAGACCCCGCCUGUCACGCUCAGCCCUGAGAGCGGUUCCCCCGGCUCUCACCCAGCCGCCCAUUUGCUGGGAGAUGCUCUUGAACAUCUUGUCUAGUCAGGCCCUGGACCCUGGACACCAGGAUGAGGGGCCUUGGAACUGAGUCUUGGGACACAGUGGGCACCACCUGGGAGCACUCUGGGGAGGCUGGGUCCCCAAGGCUGGACAGGGAGGGCACACGGUGGAGGAGGGGUGGUGCCUGAGGAACAGCUCUGCUUCCUGAGCCUCUCUGCUCUGCCCUUGGGGCAAGUUGCUUCACUUGUCUGUAUUUUGGUGCCUCUGUCUCCCCUAUUCAACUCCUUUGAAUACCUCCCCCACAGAGGGGCAUGGCCCUAUCUGAAGGAGCAGGGAUGUGUCUGGGGUGUACCCCCCUGCAGGGCCAGGGGCCGCGGCCUCCCACCUUGCCCAGACAAUGGUGACUGGACCCUGUCUCUGCCUGGCUCGCUUUGAGGAGAUGGCUGGGCUCGGGCUGAUGAGAACCAGACACGCUUCUUCCCUCCCGUGCCCCUCAUCAUGUCCCUUUGCCCAUAUUGGCUGGAGGCAUCCACCCCUUCCUGGCGAGUCCCAGGGUCUGAAGGGGUGUCCAGUUGCCCCAGCGCCAGCCAGUGCCAACAGUGCUUACCCUACCAGGGGCACCUGCAGCGGGGCCCAGAUAGUGUUUCCAGAAUUUCUCUGAUCACAAUUCACCUCAGAAAAGGGGUAGAAACGGAGCCGAGGAUAUUGAUGUUCAUCUAAGGGGCUGCGCCCCCACCCAGCACCCUCACGGGGACACAUGCACACAUGAAGCAGACCAGGGCCCAUCCCAGGGUGGCAGCAUCAGAACAAUCCAGAGAGGACAUUGUCUUGGAGGGGGGAGGUCCAGGCCCAUUGGAGAUACUAAGGGCUAAGUGGGGUGCAGUGCACAUCUUGGGGGAAGGGACAAGAGGCUGGUCAAGUUGGGCCCUGUUCGAGCAAUUCCUGCAGGCAGAAGGGAGACUCUGAGCUGUUGGGGAGGGAAUCACCCUGGAACAGCCCAGGGAAGUGGCUGUUUAACGCUCCCCCUGGUUAGAGCCAAAUCCCGGGGCCUCACAAACCGCUCGUGUGAUGUGACAGGAAUGGAGAUUUAACACGUUUCUGCCUCAAUCUGUGCACUGCUGCCUCACUGACACUGGGGAGCUCAGGCUCCCCAGACCUUUGCCUAGAGCUGCUGCCAGGGAAUCACUUUUCAGUGGGGGGCAACCAUUCCUGGGGUGCCAGCCCAGAGCACACACUGCUUCCUGUCGAUACCUUGGUCACCGCUGAGACAGCCUCUGCCACACACACCAGCUAGGCCCCCGGGAAAGAUCACCUGGUUGAACUUUGCAUGGUGGCUGAGGAGUAGAAUAUAGGAAGUCCCCGGUUUUCAAAACUACCAGAGAAUGAAGUCAGACCAAUGAAACAAAGAGCUUGAAAUAUCCCAAGGUGACUUAGUGCCCUGGAGAUGCAAGCGAGGUGGGCAGAGCCCAGCCUCUAGGCAGCUCCUCCUUAGGCAGGCAGGGCCUUACAGCUGACUCCAGCCUGCACGUCCCAAGCCAGUGCCCCCCAAGUCUCCCCCACUAGGAAUGGGCCUUCCUGAGACAGGUGCAGGGAAGGAUCGUGGGGAAGGACAGCCAGCCAGGGAAGGCUCCAGACCCCAGUAAACAGCGUCUCAAGACACACCUGAAACGGUGCUCCUUGGUCAGCACAGUAGUAUUACUCGGCUGCUCCAUAACAAUAGGGUGGAGAUGAGAUAUGGGUACGGAGGCAUCUAGCUUUAGGGCAGGAUCUAGUUUCAGCAAAGGAAUCACAGGCUGAUCUAACUGGAUGACUCAUCGCACACGCAAGGAAGCAAAUCCAGGGAGGCGAAGGGAUUCUGCCCAAGGUCACAGGGCUCUAAGUCAAGGUGAGGUAGGGCCUGAAGUCAGCCUCCGCCUCCUUGUCCAGUGUUCUGCCCCUCACUUUGCAGCAGAGGGGUGACUUAAGAUCUGUUCUGGUGGUUCACCCUCUCAGAGCUCUCCACAACCCCUUCACACCUACGUGUACCUUCCAAAACGAAAGACAAAGGAUUUUUCUGAGCUCAAGACCCAUCUGCGACAGCUCCAUGAACCUGGCCAUAUCAGUCAGAGCCCAGCCGUCCAGGAGGAGAGGAGGCGCUGGUAGCUAUGUGUGACUGUGAAGCCUAGACCGUCCCCCUGUGCAGCGCCCCUCGCUUCCUAACACUGCGGCCCCCAGCGCGCUGUGUCCCCCAGAGUGAGGACGAGGGGGCCUACUGUGCACCCUUUGCUCAGCCGCAGGGCCUGUGGGAUCUGCCGGGCUGGAGUUCAGCACAGGUAAAGACUUCAGUGAAGCAAUAAACAACAAAAAUCUGGGAGAAGAAUCCAGAAUUUUGUGCACUACUGUUUCUUUAUUCGAAAACAAUGCAGGUCAGAUCCCCGGCCCUGCUCCUCUGUUCUGACUCCCAAACGCAAGUCCGCAGUGUUGUCCCUCCGCCCGGCGCCCAGCUCUUUGCCAAUUUCUUCUCCUGCGCUGGAGUCUGACCCCGAGACCUGCCCUCCCCCCAAACCCUCGCUGGACCCAGAAGACCCCGACCCACCUCCUCCCCACUCUCCCCCACCACCCCAAUGUUUCCCGCGGUCUCCAUUCCCCCCACACACCCACAGAUUUGCUUUUUUCAUUGGUUGAAUAUUUAACUCCAUGGCAGACUUUGUUUAACCCUCUUACAUGUGGUCUUUCCUUUCUGCGAGUUAUUUUUUCAUUAACCAACCUUGUCAGCGACAGAUGCGUGUCAGAGGGUGUCAUGCGAACCUUCAGCAGGGAAGACUGGGGCCCUGGAGAACCAUCUAAUACAUGGACUUAUAAACUGACUGCAUGAGCGAUGAAAAGGCCAAAUUAUUCAAAUUUUUUUUUGAAUCACUGUAAAAAAAACUGAUUUCUUUUGUAUAGAGAACACUAAACGUAUAAUAAAAAUUGUUCAA